GCUACCAGCCGGCACCCAUUUUAACCUCACUGGGAAGAAUCAACAAGUUGCAGUGAACCUGGGUAUACAAAGGUCCUGCCAGGCUUUAUGCAGCAGCCGACACAAGAGCAAAGGAUUACCAAUCUCUAACAUUCUGAAAUUAAACUGCUGAAUGUGGAAAGGAGCACAAUCUGGAAAGGUCAAGUAACACAUACUUGAGGAAUUAACUUGUUUGCAUCAAAUACAUAAAUCAAAGAAAGGACCAAAAAAGGUAUUGAAAAACAUUCUGUAAGAAUUGGAUAAGAUGCUUUUACAGACCUUGGGUCAGUAGUCCCGGGGAGAAAGCAUAAGAGACAGAGACAUGGUGAAACUGGGAGUUACAGCUGAGCCGAAGAAGACAGGUCGCCAUGAAAAUCAUCUGGGAACUUCUGGCAUUAGCCUUCACCAUGACUGUAGCAAGGUCUUCAAGUUUCAAAAGAUCCAGGAAUCCCAAACAGAGUUCAGAAGAUUUCCUCUCUCGUCUGAGCGAUUAUGAGAUCGCAUUCCCUGCCCAGGUGGACCAGAGUGGAAAGUUCCUGACCUACGACCUACGCCGAGCACCUCCAAGCUUCCGCAGGACUCGACGAAGUAUCUCUGAUGAAUCCAACCAUCAGGUGUACUACCGGUUACAAGCUCAAAGUUCUAGCUAUCUGCUCAACCUAACCCUGCAAAGAGAUUUACUAGGACAGCACUUUACUGUUGAGUACUGGAAAAGUGGAGGUUUGGACUGGAAGCAUGAGAUGUAUGAGGACUGUCAUUAUGUUGGCCACAUACAAGACCAGCAGCUGAGCUCCAAGGUGGCCAUUAGCAACUGCAAUGGACUGCUUGGAGUGAUAGUGUCAGGGGAAGAUGAAUAUCUGAUUGAGCCACUUCCGCCAGGUGGAAACUAUAAUAAGACCAAUGAGGGGACACCUCAUGUGGUUUACAAGAGGUCUUCCUUGCAACGACAGCAUCUUGAUGCAGCCUGUGGUGUAAUAGAUGACAAACCCUGGAGGGAUCGUCAUUGGUGGUUAAGAAAUCCAAGGCCUCCUCCAUUAAGACCAACAUCCAAUCAAACACAGCGCGGACCUCUUCCUCUUAAGCGAUCAGUUAGCACAGAGAGAUAUGUGGAGACUCUGGUUGUUGCUGACAAAAUGAUGAUUGGAUAUCAUGGGAGAAGGGACAUUGAGCAGUAUAUCCUCGCUAUCAUGAACAUUGUUGCCAAACUUUUCCAGGACUCUAGUCUGGGGAACAUUGUGAACAUAAUGGUGACAAGGCUAAUCCUGUUGACUGAAGACCAGCCAACCUUGGAAAUCAAUCACCAUGCUGGAAAGUCUCUUGACAGUUUCUGUCGAUGGCAAAAAUCUAUUGUAAGCCGUAAUGGGAAUGCAAUCACCGAGAAUGGAAUUGCUGAUCAUGAUACAGCUGUCUUAAUAACCAGAUACGACAUUUGUAUUUACAAAAAUAAGCCAUGUGGAACUUUGGGCUUGGCACCAGUAGGUGGAAUGUGUGAAAGAGAGAGAAGCUGCAGUAUAAAUGAAGAUAUUGGCCUCGCCACAGCCUUCACAAUUGCACACGAGGUGGGACACACAUUUGGCAUGAACCAUGAUGGCAUUGGUAACGGUUGUGGAUCUCGUGGUCAAGAGACAGCCAAACUCAUGGCUGCUCAUAUUACUAUGAAGACCAAUCCCUUCGUAUGGUCAGCUUGCAGUCGGGACUACAUCACUAGUUUCUUAGAUUCUGGAUUGGGAGUCUGUUUAAAUAAUGCUCCUCCACGGCAAGAUUUCAUUUAUCCUACACAAGCUCCAGGACAAGCCUAUGAUGCGGAUGAUCAAUGUCGUUUCCAGCAUGGAAUUAAAUCCCGCCAGUGUAAAUACGGGGAAGUUUGCAGUGAACUUUGGUGUUUAAGUAAAACCGGCCGUUGCAUCACUAACAGCAUCCCAGCUGCUGAGGGUACCAUCUGCCAGACAAACACAAUAGAAAAAGGGUGGUGUUACAAGAGGGAAUGUGUUCCAUUUGGGACCCGUCCGGAGGGCGUGGAUGGAGCGUGGGGGCCCUGGUCAUCAUGGGGAGAAUGUAGCAGAACCUGUGGAGGAGGAGUAUCUUCAUCAGUCCGCCACUGUGAUAGCCCAAGGCCAACCAUUGGAGGAAAAUAUUGCUUAGGAGAGAGGAAAAGAUACCGAUCAUGCAAUAUUGAUGAUUGCCAACCAGGGUCACAGGAUUUUCGGGAGAUGCAAUGUGCAGAAUUUGACAAUGUAGCAUUUCGGGGAAAAUAUUAUUCUUGGAAAAGUUACAAAGGAGGAGGUGUGAAGGCAUGUUCCUUGAACUGCUUAGCCGAGGGAUUCAAUUUUUACACUGAAAGAGCAGCAGCAGUAAUAGAUGGAACCCCAUGUAGACCUGAAUCGUAUGAUGUUUGUGUUAACGGGGAGUGCAAGCAUGUGGGCUGUGAUCGGAUUUUGGGAUCUGAUGCCAGAGAAGACAAAUGUCGAUUGUGUGGUGGUGAUGGGACUACAUGUGAGACAAUUGAAGGAAUCUUCAACCAGUCACUACAUGAGGCAGGAUAUGAGGAGGUAGUCUGGAUUCCCAAAGGUUCUGUCCACAUUAACAUUCGCCAGCUCAAUGUAUCAAAAAACUACCUGGCCCUGAAGGCAGGAGAUGGGGGUGAAUACUUUAUUAAUGGCAAGCUUCCACCAGACACACCAAAGAAAUUCGAUGCAGCUGGGACCGUGUUCUACUAUAGGAGACCUCAGGAUGAACCAGAGUCACUUGAAGCUUUAGGGCCCACUAAUGCAACGCUAGUUCUCAUGGUUGUGAUGAGAGAGGAGAUGUCUGGUAUUCGCUACAGGUUUAAUGCCCCCAUCAGUAAACAUACACAGACUGGGUACAGCUGGCAUCUCUCACCAUGGACUAAGUGCUCCGCUCUAUGUGCUGGAGGGGUGCAAAUGCAGAACGUUGUUUGCAAAAGGCUGUCAGAUGGAUCUGCUGUGUCUGACGACAUGUGUGACACCCAAGAGAAAAUAAAUGAAAAGCAACGUAUGUGUAACACUGAGCCUUGUCCUCCUGAGUGGGCAAUAGGUCCAUGGUCUGAAUGUAGUCGGAGCUGCAAUUCCGGAGUGCGCACCCGCAGUGUGAUCUGCCAACGGAAGGUAUCAUCAGGGGAGGAAAAAUCUCUGGACGAUAGUAACUGCCCAUCACCUCGCCCCACUAUGCUGGAACCCUGCAAUACCAAAUCAUGCCCACCAGAGUGGGUCGCACUGGACUGGUCUGAGUGUACUCCGAGCUGCGGACCUGGUUAUCGACAUAGAGUUGUCCUUUGUAAAUCAGGGGACAAUGAAAACACGCUGCCACCCUCUCAAUGCCAAGCAAAAGAGAGGCCUGCAACUAGUAUGAGGUGUACACUGCAACGUUGUCCCCCACCUCGAUGGGUGACAGGUGAAUGGGCUGAGUGUUCAGCACAAUGUGGACUUGGACAGCAGAGACGUUCUGUACAGUGUGUGAGCCACACAGGACAGCCCUCGGUGGAAUGCAUAGAGUCUGUGCGCCCAACUGCUAUGCAGCAGUGCGAAAACAAAUGUGAGGCUGGACCUUCGGACAGUCCAGAUGAAUGUAAAGAUGUCAACAAAGUGGCCUACUGCCCCUUGGUGCUCAAGUUUAAGUUCUGUAACCGAUCAUACUUCAGACAGAUGUGUUGCCGAACCUGCCAGGGGCACUGACAUGAAUCAAACUCAUCAUAUGUUUUUUACCAAAUACAUUUCUACAAUGUCUACAAUUUCCCAUAGUUUUCUACAAGGUUUCUAUAACUUUUUAUGUUUUUUCUUCAUUGAUGUUCAUGUCAAGAAUUACUUUUCAGAUUUCUUGCUGCUGUUGUAUAUUUCCUAACAUUUAACUUGUGGCAUUGACACGUUACACAAUAUUUAAUCCUAGGUACACAUCAUUUUUAUCACCACACCUUCUAUGGACAUUAAUGUUGGCCUUUAAGGGCUACCAUCCAUAAUUAUAGACAGAAAACUGAAGAAAUGGAUUGCCAGAUUUCUGAAUUUUAUUCACAGUGAAAUAAUAUCCCAUUUUUUCUAUGAGCUAUUUUGGCUCAUCUGCUAUGUCAAGAAAAACAAGAAGGCUACAAAGUUCAGGUAUCACUAAGGAAUGUAGCAUUACUUAUGCACUGCUGGACAUAUUUAGCAUUUGUUUACUAUUUUAAUACUUAGAAAAUACUUGUUUUUUUUUUUAUAUUUGCGGUGCUAUUUCAAUCCAAGCGCAACUAAACAUAUCCAUAGUAAAAUAUGGUUGGUGCUAUAGAAAUUAAUAAUUCUUUGUUUUUUAUUGUAAGGCUAUGAUCACAUGGUGGAAUGUCCAGAUGGAAAAUUUCUGUACAGACAGUCCACCGACAGCGGAGCACUGGCAGAACAUGCCAGCGCUAGGAAAUGCAUAGUCUGAUAGACGACAAUGCAUUUCCGUGCAGACUCCGCAGAAAAAAUAAACAUGUCUAUUCCUUCUGCGGAUUCCGGAAUAGGGAUUUCCACAGCAGAAACAUCUGCCGCGGAAAUUCAGCCAUGUUCACAGUCCAGCAGAAUCCAACUGAAAUCAAUGGAAUUCUGCUGCAGCGGAAUGUCCAUGCAGAAUUGGUCCGUGGAAUUCCACGCGGUAAUUCCAUUGUGUGAACAUAGCCUGAGAGUUAUCAAAGAUUACCUUUUUUGGUAAGAUACAUGAUUUUAUCUUCUACGAUACUUUUAUGGUUUGUCCAGAUCCUCUUAUUGUAUAUUGAUUUAAAACCUAUUUUCACCUUUGGAACCAUUUUUUUCAGUAGAUAGAUAGAUAUAUAGAUAGAUAGAUAGAUAGAUAGAUAGAUGGAUAGAACCUACAAUGACAGUUUUGGAUUUUUAUGUUCACAAUUAAUGUAUAUGAAAAUUUCAGUAACUUUGUAAAUACGUUGCAUUGCUUACCUUACAAUGAUUCUAAGUAACAGCCUAUAUUAUAGCUAAAGGGAAUAUAUCACCUAUAUUUCUUUUAUUAAUUAAAGCCAGAUAUUGAUACAUAUAGUUUGUCUGAUUUUAUUUUUCGAAAUGUAGUUUUUUUAAUUCUGUUUAUAGUAAAUUAUAAUAGAAACAGUAACCUUGCC